AUGCAAUUUAGAGGCUUUCCUUUGACUAUUGAUGAUUUAAGAACAAUUUCAUUCAAGUUUGCUGAGCAAUUAGCAAUUAAACACAUAUUUAACAUAGGAUCUGAGAAGGCGGGCUAUGAUUGGGUGCAUAUGUUUUUAAAAAGGAAUUCCGAUAUUUCAUUAAGGAAAUCAGAAGGGGUGUCAUAUGCUAGAAGUCAAGGGAUGAAUAAAGCAGAAGUUAAUGCCUAUUUUGAAAUGCUUGAGAGGAUUCUCAGUGAUAAUGACCUUAUUAAUAAACCUGGCCAUAUUUACAAUAUGGACGAGUCUGGGUUGUAA